AUGUCUCAAUAUAGCAAAAGCAGCAGGCUCCUCGACCUUCCAUGGGAACUCCGCCGCCCUAUCAUUGUCCAGGUGUUGCGGCGCGGACGUAAAAGUGAGCCUACCUUCAACCGAAAGCUUAUCGAGAGCCGGAGACACAAGAAUCGAUAUCUGCACGGUAAUGCCUUGCGAACUACUAACCGCCAACUUCGCUACGAAACCAAUUUAUUGAUUGAGGAAGAAAUCAAGUCGGGCAAUAUUGAAAUUCCAUUUGUUUUGGAUGUUAUGAUUGUUAAAGACGUUGGCGUCUUUCCUACCUGGAUGAGCUUCCCUUAUCGACCGGAGCAUCUCAAGAUGCUAACCAUUAAUCUACGUAUUGUUCGGCCGGGAACGAGCGUUGUACCAGAUGAGUGGAUCAAAGUGGCCAGAUAUGAAGAAAAGGAAUAUUCUCGCCGGGACAAUUCUCCCGCCAAUUGGAAUAUCAUUAUGGCUGUUGCCCUGUAUGCUUUCGGUUGCUUCUCAGUAAAGCCGGAUUCCGCGCAACCUGCCGUCCAACACAACAGCCAGCCAGCUAUCGCCGAAGACGCAACACCUGCUACGCAACAGGCUGCUAGCAAUAAAGCGAAUAAUACUCGACCACCGAAACCAAACGCCAAAAAGCCCAAAUUCCCUAUACGGCCGAAUCUUGCGCAUCAUCAGAGCAUCGUUCCCAACGCAUAUCUUCUCCCAUCUGCGUCCUAUGUUACCGAUAAACUGUUCAUCGACUUCAAAGAACCCGAAUACGAUGUCAACAACAAACCUAUUCCUCCAGGGGUAGACGAUAGUCGCGAGAAAAAUCCAUUCUACAAAGAAGGCUAUAUCCAAUUUGGCCGGGAAGUCUUCAAGGACUACAGCAUUCAGUGGAAGGAUAACGACGAAAUCGAGGAGGACGAGCGUUUACUUUCGCGGGGCACUUUUGCUUGCUAUCAGCUUGAGGAGAGACUAUGUGGAAUCCUCUGUGAAGUGGAUUCGAGUCAGUCAAAGUACCUCGUCUACCUCAGAAUGCUGGCACGCAGUGUUGGGGAGCUGAGAUAUUCCGGCUGUGAGAAACCGGAGAUGCAAUUGGUGGACAAGCAUCCUUCCUUUUGGGCUGAUAUGAGCUAUGCUUUGGACGACACAACUCUCGAGGGGGGAUAUACCGAGGCAAAAAUUGAGCACGACUUAAUUGAAGAGAUGGAUCACGGCUGUUCUGACGUUGUAGACAGCUUGCGUACUAUCCAAAUCAGAAGAUCUCACGGCUGGGUCAAAGAUGAUGACUAG